AUAUAUCUCUCUCUCUCUCAAUUCAAAGUUGCAAGUUUGAAUUUUGAAAUGGGGACGCCAAACAUGGCCUUCUUGCCUCUCUUCCUUCUUUCCAUACAAUUAGCCGUCGUUCUUCCGCAGGCCCAGGCCCAAUCCACUCCGGCGGCGCCUGCCCCGGCCGCCGACGCCUGUAACGGAGUAUUCCUCUCCUACGCCUACACCGGCGGGGCGAAGCUCCCUCCAACACUCAAGUCCAACCCGACCCGCCAGCCCUACCGGUUCGAGUCCACCUUGACUAUAGUCAACAACGGCCUAGACGAACUCAAAGCUUGGCGGGUUUUCGUCGGGUUUCAGCACGACGAGUUCCUCGUCUCUGCUUCCGGAGCCGUGCUCGCCGACGGCACUUCACUCCCCGGGGGCGUCGGAAACGGCACCCUCUUUGCUGGGUACCCUAGCACUGAUCUCAAGACUGCCGUCGAGACUGCCGGUGACAUGACCCAGAUGUCGACCCAGAUCAAUCUGGUCGGAACCCAGUUCGGCGUCGGGUCGCCGAAUGUCCCUAUGCCAGCCAAUAUAUCGCUAGCUAAUGAUGGAUUUGUUUGCCCAAAACCCGCUUUGCAAGGGAAGAGUUUAAUGCAAGUAUGUUGCACCAAAGAUCCAACCUUUAAGACUAACAUCACUGUGGAUGAUGAAUUUUUGCCUCGCCGUUCUGGCGAUCUUACUAUAAUGUACGAUGUGACUCGAACAUAUGACUUAAAUUACUGGGCUCAGGUCACCAUCUCCAACCAUAAUCCGCUUGGUCGCCUUGAUAAUUGGCAACUAAGUUGGGUCUGGAUGAGGGAUGAAUUUAUUUACACCAUGAAGGGGGCUUAUCCAGAUCUUGUUGAUACGUCAGACUGUAUAUUUGGUCGGCAAGGUCAAUACUACCAGGAUUUGGACUUCUCCACUGUAUUGAAUUGUGAAAGAAGUCCAACCAUAAUUGACCUUCCUCUGGAAAAGACCAACGACACAACCCUUGGAAUGGUUCCUUUCUGUUGCCGAGAUGGUACAAUCUUGCCACCAUCGAUGGACCCGAGCAAAUCAGUUUCAGCUUUCCAGAUUAAUGUUUUCAAAAUGCCUCCAGAUCUAAACCGGUCACAGCUUAGCCCACCACAGAACUGGAAGAUCAGUGGCAGACUCAACCCGGAUUACAAAUGUGGUCCUCCAGUGCGGGUGAGUCCUAGCCAGUUCCCUGACUCGAGUGGAUUACCGUUGAAUAAAACUGCGUUCGCAAGCUGGCAGGUGGUUUGCAACAUCACACACCCGAAGGGAGCCAUCCCCAAGUGUUGUGUCUCAUUUUCAGCUUACUACAAUGAAUCUGUCAUGCCGUGCAAAACCUGCGCUUGUGGGUGCCCUAGUACCUCCAGUCGUACUUGUAGCACUACUGCUCCAGCUCUUCUUCUUCCUUCUCAGGCGCUUCUUGUUCCUUUUGAGAACCGAACAAAUCUGGCCAAUGCCUGGGCUGAUCUUAAGCAUCUGCCAAAGCCAAACCCCUUGCCCUGCGGAGACAACUGCGGUGUCAGCAUCAACUGGCAUCUAUACACCGACUACAGUCGUGGAUGGACAGCAAGGAUUACGAUCUUCAAUUGGGAUGAUUUCUCCUUUGCCGAUUGGUUUGCUGCAGUGGAAAUGGAUAAAGCAGCCCCUGGAUUUGAAAAGGCAUAUUCCUUCAAUGGAAGCGCUGUGACAGGCGCUAACAACACGAUAUUGAUGCAGGGAGUUACAGGUUUGAACUAUCUUGUAGCAGAAACAGAUGGAGCCGAUCCACAGAAGGAUCCAAGGGUGCCUGGUAAACAGCAGUCUGUGAUCUCAUUCACAAAGAAGAAUACUCCUGGAAUCAAUGUGGCUGGGGGGGAUGGCUUCCCUACUAGAGUAUAUUUCAAUGGGGAAGAAUGCUCGCUUCCUAGUGUACUUCCCACGAGUGAUGCUUAUAGGAAGGGCUUAAGCACAAGCUUUUCGGUUCUCUUAGCAGUCGUAGUGUUCUUGAUUAUGCAGCGAUAGCAGUGCGCUGAGGAAUGAAAAUUUGCUUCUGUAUAUGGUGCUUAUCGGUUCAUUCUUUCAGCUUCUUGUCGGCUGAAUCUUCACCGGGAGUUUGGUGCCAAUAGAAAUACGCGAGAACUGCCUGCUAUUGCUUAGGCAGAAGGUUCUGGCUGUACAAUUCGGUUUGUCACGGCUAUUAUUACAUGAGAACAGCAGUGUAGAGUGGUAUUUAUGUACACAGCACUAGACUUCAGACUUAUAAGUUUAUUCUUUGAGUGGAUCUUUCCUUUUUGUAUACCAGAGUGGAUGAUCUAACAGUUGGUUAGUAUUCUAGCUUUCUCACUGUGCGAUUUUGGUCUAAUUCAGAUUGCAGAUUUCCCUUUUCGUUCCU